AUGAAAAGACCGGCUGAAGAUGCUGCUGUCUCUUCCAGCAAUGUAGAAGGAAAAGGAGUGGACACCGAUAAACAGGAAAUGACGGAAGAAAAUAAAAAGCCGAAAGUCUUGAAGUUCGAAGCUACUUAUCUUCGUUCAAUCUCAUCAGCAUCCCAAUACGAGAAGUCGUUUAUGCACCGAGAUGUGAUCACUCACGCAAUCGCAACACAAACUGAUUUCAUAAUUACUGCAAGCAUUGACGGUCAUUUGAAGUUUUGGAAGAAAAAAUACGCAGAGGGGGUGGAGUUUGUGAAACAUUUCCGAUGCCAUUUAUUUGCUUUUACCACGCUAGCAGUAAAUUUCAAUGGAACAUUAUUAUGUACAGUAUGCUCACAAGACAAAUCAGUCAAAAUUUUUGACGUUGAGAAUUUCGAUAUGAUCAAUAUGUUCAAGCUUGAUUUUUCGCCUCGUACAGCCGCCUGGAUACACCAAGGUUCGCAACUCUUGCAUCUACUCGCUGUCAGUGAUUCCGAUAGUGGAAAGAUUUAUGUAUUUGAUGGAAAGGGUGCAAAGGAACCUUUGCACAUUUUUGACAAUUUGCACCGAAAAAGUGUCCGGUUAAUUGAAUACAAUCACCAGCUUGAUCUAGCAAUUUCAGCAGAUGAUAGUGGAAUGAUUGAGUAUUGGUGUGGAAAGAAGAAUGAAUUCCAAUUCCCAAGCUUUGUCAAAUUUGAGAGUAAGAUGGACACAGAUUUGUACGAGUUCUUAAAGAUCAAAACACUUCCGGUUGCAAUGUGUAUGAGCCCAGACGGGAAGAAGUUUGCUACCCUUGCUGAAGAUAGGAGAAUUCGAGUAUUUGAUGUGUUGACGGGUAAAAUCGAGUAUUUGAUUGACGAAACCAUGCCAAAGUAUAUUGAACAAGCCAAGCAGAACAGAAACUUUGGACUGCAAAGCAUGGAAUGGAAUCGGCGGCUUGCUUUGGAAAAAGACUUGGACAAGGAACGUUCGACCAGUUUUCGCUUUACAAAUUUGGUUUGGGACCAUUCAAGCAACUUUUUGAUCUAUCCAUCGCCAAUUGGAAUCAAAGUGUAUAAUACUGUGACACACGAAGUUGUUCGAAUAAUCGGACGGGAGGAAACGAUGCGCUUUAUUGCCGUGACUAUUUGUCGUGCUGUUCCCGAUAUUCGAUCAAGAUUACAAGGAGCAGCGGCUACGAUUGAGACGGAAGCAGCGGAUAAUCCAACCUUGAACAAACGAACUGAUCCAGAUCCAGUUUUGGUGGCAAUAGCAAACAAGAAGUCGCGCUUUUAUUUAUUUACAAACCAGGAACCUUACUCAACAGAAGAUGAUGAGGAAGGAGGAACUGGCCGUGAUAUUUUCAACGAAAAGCCCAAGAAAGAAGAAAUUAUCACUGCAAUUGAAGGCGAGGGGCCAUCGAGUAAAUGGUCUGAAAAAAUUAUUAUGCACACUUCGUACGGUGAUAUUCACAUGAAACUGUAUCCAGAAGAAUGUCCAAAGGCAGUCGAAAACUUUUGCACACAUGUGCGUCGAGGCUAUUACAAUGGGCUGCUGUUUCAUCGUGUCAUCAAAGCUUUUAUGAUUCAGACGGGCGAUCCUACUGGGAAAGGUACUGGCGGAAACUCGAUUUGGGGCGAAGAUUUUGAAGAUGAGUUCCAUCCCAGACUCCGAUUUGAUAAACCUUAUAAAGUUGCGAUGGCAAAUGCUGGUCCUAACUCAAAUGGCUCACAAUUUUUCAUUACCGUGGUUCCAGCAGAAUGGCUUGAUGGCAAAAAUACAUUGUUUGGAGAGGUUACGGAGGGUUUCAACGUUGUGCAGAAAAUCAAUAAUUUACCGGUCUACGAGAAAAGUGGUCGUCCUAGAGAAGAAGUCCGAAUCGUCUCAGUAACGUUAAAA